AUGGAGGGACGUCUGCUUCUCUAUGUCUUGAGCUUCCUCUCGGCCAUGGAUACAGGUAUGAUCAAUGUCGCCCUUCCCACCAUUAUCACUAAGAUCGGGGGCUCGACUCAAUAUGUGUGGAUAGCCGACGCGUUCCAUGUUGCUGCCGCCGUGCUCCGUCCCUUUUACUCACAGCUCCUCCAAGUCUUCCCAAAGCGACACCUGCUGGUUGGCCUGAUAACGCUGUUCAUCGUGGGCAGUGGCAUGGCAGGCGCCGCCAGCAACGCAGCCCAGCUGAUCUUCGGACGCACUCUUCAAGGUUUGACCAUCGGAGCUAUCAGUGAGUCGUGGGUCAUGACCUACGGAAACCGCGAUAUUCGUCAAGAGCGCAAGAGACACGACCAUCCUGCAUCCUCCUUGAGCACAAUCGGAAUCAUCAUAAGCCCCAUCGUCGGGGGCGCUCUGGCCGGGAGCAGCUGGCGCUGGAUCUUUUAUUUCCACAUCCCCCUCAGCGGCCUUGCCCUCUUUGCCCUGAUGAUCUUGCCCUUUUUCCAUACCACCCCCAACCCCAACCCCAACCCUAACCCCAACCCCAACGAGACAUCCCUCACAUAUCCCGACUACCUUGGCACCCUCCUCCUCAUCGCGAGCACCAUCUGUCUGCUCCUAGGGGUUACCCGAGGUGGUGUCGACGACCAGCCGUGGUCUUCGUGGAAGACCAUUGUGCCGCUGGUGCUGGGCCCCGUCGGCUGGCUCGUCUUCCUCCUCCAGCAAAGACUCGUCUCUAAUCCGAGCAUCCCUCUGCGUCUCUUCGCCAACUCCUCCACGGGCAUCGUCUACCUGGUCACCUUCCUGUCCUCCAUCGUCGAUCAAGCCUUGUUGGCCUUCCUCCCAAUCUACUUCCAAGCCGUCCAGGGCACCACUGCCAUCCGUUCCGGUGUCUGCCUCCUGCCCUUAAUCCUCGCGACCGUUUUCAUCGUGAUGCCGGCCAUAUUGUGUUGGUUGUUCUUCGCAUAUCUCGAUUUACUCGGCGCACACCGACCCAUCCGGGCCUUUUCGUUCGCGCUGUCUGCACUUGCCUUCGGCCUUUUCACUCUCCUGAAUGAGACCUCUAGCACUGUUAAAUGGGUGCGGGAUCCGGAGAUGAGGGCCCAUUUGGCCAAGGGAGGAGCCUAUGCGUUUGCGAGUCAGAUGCAUGGUAUUAAAGAGUCCCUGAACCAGGGGGUGUGGGAAGAUAUCGUCGGGGUGUAUGUCAAGGGGUUGAGGAUGAUCUGGUGGGUUGGAUUGGGGAUCAGUUGUUUCGGAUGUUUUGCUGUGUGGAUGGAAAGGGAUGGUCUGCGCCAGUAA